AUGGUGCUUCUUAUCUCUCUCAACUUGUUUAUACCCGUCUAUCUAUCUAUCUAUCUAUCUAUCUAUCUAUCUAUCUAUCUAUCUAUCUAUCUAUCUAUCUAUCUAUCGCCGUCAGUUUAUAUCUACCGUAAUCUGUCCACAUCUGUCUAUACACCUAAGUCGCUUCAUAUCUAUCUAUCUAUUUUGAUAUCUAUCUCAACCUGCUCAUAUCUAUCUAUCUAUCUAUCUAUCUAUCUAUCUAUCUAUCUAUCUAUCUAUCUAUCUAUCUAUCUAUCCUCAGUUCGUUUCCCUCUAUCUAUCUAUCAGAUCUGUUCAUCUUUUUUUUCCUAUUCAAUCUAUAUUCUCGUGUCUUCAACUAUCUAUCGUAUCUAUAAUUAUUCAUUAUCUAAGAUUGUUUAUGUUUUUGUUUCACUCUCCUCGGAUCAAUUUAUACUUAUAUCUCCCAGUCUAUCGAGUUUCCUCAUAUCUAUCUAUUUCACCUUGUUCAUUAUAUAUCUAUCUAUCUAUCUAUCUAUCUAUCUAUCUAUCCUUUCUCAUAUCUUUCUGUUUCAGCGUUCUCAUACUUAUCUAUCUAUAUAUCUAAGCUUUCUCAUCUGCGAAAUAUACCUUAUGCCCAACGAUCAUCAGCGUAAUGCUUACGACUGGCUAAGACGUCCACAUCUAUCUCUCUCUCUCCCCCAGUUACGUCUUCUUACCUUCCCUGUCCUUCUGCGACAUCAUUAUCAAAAACAAGGCAGCGCAAGGCUAUGA